AUGCAGUCUAUGGUCAUUCUCGCCGCCACCCUUUGCCUGGCGCAAGGGUCACUGUACGCGGGGGCGCCAGCUCCCGUCCAGCUGAGCCCCGACGGCAAAUAUGUGCUUGACACCCCCGAGGUCGCCCACGCUAAGGCCGCCCACUACGCGGCUCACGCCCAGGCCUCCUCAUCCCACGGUGCGUGGGCCCCAGCUGCGGGCUACCUCGGCGCCCCAGCGUACGCCGCCGCGUCCCACUACGGUGCCCCUGGUGCCGGUCUCUUCAAAUACGGCCCCGCCCCGCUCGCGCACGACGGCCGCGUGGUCGACACGCCCGAGGUGGCGCACCUGAAGGCCGCCCGCAUCGCCGCCCUCAGCGCCGCCCACGCGAACGCCGCGCACGGCGCCCUAGCGCACGCCGGCGCGUCCGCGCCCCUCGCCUACGCCGCACCCCUAGCCCACGGCGCCGGCUACGCGGCCGGCUACGGCAAGUGGACCGGCCCCCCGGCCAACAUCCAACUCACCCACGACGGACAGUACGUGGUCGACACCCCCGAGGUGCAGCACGCGCGCGCCGCCCACCUCUCCCAGUACGCCGCCGCCGCCCACGCGGCCGCCGCCGCGCCCGAAGACGGACCCUGGGCCCACGGACACGGCUGGCAC